AUGGAGGGGGUGUACACAACCACAGUAAAUGCAGAGCAAGGGAAGGUCACUGUGACAGGAAAUGUUGAUCCAGCCAAACUCAUAAAGAAGCUUGAGAAGUCAGGGAAACAUGCAGAGUUAUGGGGUGGUCAAAAGGGCUCAAAUAACUUCCAAAACGUUCUCAAUAAUCAAUUCAAGAACAUGCAAAUUGGUGGUGGAAAAGGAGGAGGAGGCGGUGGUGGUGGUGGCGGCGGCAAAUCUGAGAAGGGUGGAAAAGGUCAACAAGUACAAAUGAUGCAACAGAUGAAAGGGUCUAAGGAUCUAAAGAUGCCCCAAAAUAAAAACCAAAAGUCUGUUAAGUUCAACUUGAAUGAGGAUAAUUUUGAUGCAAGUGAUGAUGAAUUUGAUGAUGAUGAAUUUGAUGACGAGUUUGAUGAAUUUGAUGAUGAGUUUGAUGAUGACGAGGAAGAGUUUGGUCAUGGUCAUGGCCAUGGCAAUACUCAUAAUAUGCCAAACAAGAUGAUGCCCAUGAUGGGUAAUGGCCAGGGGCAUAAUUUGCCUAACAAGAUGAUGCCCAUGAUGGGUAAUGGCCAGGGGCAUAAUAUGCCGAACAAGAUGAUGCCCAUGAUGGGUAAUUUCCAGGGGCAUAAUUUUCCAAACAAGAUGAUGCCCAUGAUGGACAAUGGCCCUGGGCCUUAUGGUAUGAUGAGCGGGCCUGGGUUUAAUGAUAAAAAGGGUGGUGGCGGUGGAGGUGGAGGUGGUGGUGGUGGUGGUGGAAAGGGCAAGAAAGGUGGUGGUGGUGGUGAUGAUGCUUUUGAGAUACCUGUGGUAAUGAAGGGCAAGGGAGACAAUAAAGAUGGCAAGGAUGGUAAAGGAGGAAAGAAAGGCGGAGGUGGUGAUGGCAAGAACGGUAAAAGCAAGGGGGAUAACAAGAAACAAGAUGGUAAAGAUAAAAAAGAUGGCAAAAAAAGUGGUGGUGGGUUUCUGGGCUUUGGUCGGAAGAGUAAAAAAGAAGAGGUUAGUACUAACAAGGCUGCUGCCAAUCAUGGUUCUGCAGGUGGAAAUGGUAAAAAUAAUGGCAAUGGGCCCAAGAAAGGUGGAGCCAAAAAUGAUGGGGUCCAUGACAUUAACAAAAUCAAACAAGGGUUCCAUGAAAUUGAUGGAGCAGGUCAUGGUGGUCCCAAGAAUUUGGGCCAAAUGGGUCCAAUGGGUCCGAUGGGUCCAAUGGGUAAUUAUGGUAGGAUGGGCAAUUUUCCACCUGUGCAAGGACUACCGGCACCGGGAGCUAUGAACGGUGGCUAUUAUCCCGGAAUGGGGCAGGGGCAGGGGCAAGGGCAAGGGCAAGGGCAAGGCAAUCCUUAUAAUCAGCAGCAGCAGCAAUACUUGGCAAUGAUGAUGAAUCAACAAAGGCAGAACGGGAAUGACAUGUUUCAACCAAUGAUGUAUGCCAGACCUCAUCCGGCCGUAAACUUCAUGCAGCCCCCUAUGCCUCCGCCUACGGCCACCGAUCAGUACACUCACUUCUUCAGCGAUGAGAACACCGAUAGUUGCAGCAUAAUUUUCAAGCCAAACAAGCUUGUGGUACCAGUCCACAAAGAUGGUGCAACAAAUCUUCAUGUGGCUACCAUUCACAAGAACAUCCCACAAACUCAGCUUCAACUUGUUGUUGAUCUAAAUGGGAGGUUCAUGUGGGUGAAUUGUGAGCAAAACUACUUGUCCUCUACAUACCAAGCCCCACGGUGCCACUCUACUCUAUGCUCUAGAGCCAAUAGUGACUACUGCUUCAGAUGCUCUUCUAAGCCUAGACCCGGGUGCCAUAACAACACAUGUGGUCUCAUUUCAAGGAACCCCGUUACACAAGAAGCUGCCAUGGGUGAGCUAGCUCAAGAUGUGCUCUCAAUUCAAUCCGUAAGAACUAAAGGGUUCCAAGGUGGUCCAAUGGUCAGAAUGCCUCGAUUCCUCUUUGUUUGUGCACCUUCGAGCCUAAUGCAAAACGGGUUACCAAAAAAUGUUGAUGGUGUAGCUGGACUAGGACAUGCUCCAAUUGCUUUACCAACUCAACUUGCCUCAAACUUAGGGUUUACCCCAAAUUUUGCCUUAUGCCUUACUUCCUCUACAAGAAAGAAUGGGGUCAUUUUCUUUGGUGAGGGUCCUUUCUAUAUGCUCCCUGGCAUUAGUGUUCCUCAACCGGUGGGCUAUGUACCAUUAAUCAUUAGCAGGCAAGGAGAGUAUUACAUAGAUGUGAGGUCAAUCAAGAUAAAUCAGAAAAUUGUCCCACUAAACACAUCUUUGUUAACGAUAAACAAACGAGGUCUUGGUGGCACGAUGAUAAGCACUACAAGUCCAUACACGGUUCUUGAGCACUUAAUUUAUCGAAGUUUCACCCAAGUUUUUGCUAGCCAAUUCUCAGCAACACCCCUAACAAAACCUGUGGCACCAUUUGGGCUAUGCUAUGACUCGAAAAAUGUUUCAAGCACACCGAUUGGUCCUGCAGUUCCUAAGAUUAACCUUGUGUUUGGUGACCAAAGUGUCGUGUGGACAAUUUUUGGUGCCAACUCAAUGGUGGAGGCACGUCCUGGUGUUGUGUGCUUAGGGUUUGUUGAUGGAGGAUUGCACCCUAGAGCUUCUAUUGUUAUAGGGGCUCACCAGUUUGAGGACACUUUCCUGCAGUUUGAUCUGGCCAGGUCAAGGUUGGGCUUUAGCUCUUCCUUGCUGUUUCAUAGAACCAACUGUGCCAACUUCAACUUCACCACUACGCCAUAG